GGAUAUCAACAUGCGACUGAUAGCAACAGUAGGCGCGAUCGUUCUGCUGCUGGGAUCUUGUACGGCCAAUCAGGACUUCCUGACGAACUCUUUGAACGAAUGUGUGAAGACGGAGUCCUGGACGUCCUGUUUGAAGCAUCAAGUUUUGGCUUAUCUCGACAACAAACUGGGAAUCACCACGGGAGCGAGAUCGCUCGAAACCGUUGACGAGGCAAUCAUUGCCAGGACCUUCAAGUAUCUCAAGAGUUUCGAUUACGGUGUUGAUUUACCGUUCGUCGAUGCCAGCUUAAAGUACAGACCUAGCAGGAGCCUGGCAGACCUUGACGUCGAAUUCAAGGACAAUGACGUAGCUACGAGUCAAGCGCGAGGACUUUUGAAGAAGAAACUCCUGCUACCGUUUUUGCUGCUGUUGAAAUUGAAGCUGAAGGCUCUAAUGCCCAUCUUUGUCGCCAUUAUUGGAUUAAAAGCAUUAAAGGCUCUUGUCUUGUCGAAGCUUGCCAUUCUUAUCGUGAUUGGAUUUGUCGCCAUGCAGUUCUUCAAGAAAGGUGGCAUGAUGAUGCCGAUGGGAAUGUCCAUGGAGCCGGCAUCGGCAUAUGGUGCUCCACCUAUGCUCUCGACGACGUCGAGCUACGAUCCCGUCAAUACGUGGGAUGGCAACGGUCCUUAUUCCCGCGUUUGGACACCAAGCAAUGGUGUGGAAGCCCAAAAUCUUGCUUACAGCUACUACACGCCCGGCAGCAGCUCCAGCUCGUACAACUCAGUGGGAUCCUCCUCGUCAUCCUCAUCUUCAAGCAGCUCAACGAACUACAACUGAACUCGUUCUAAUGUCCCACUAACGACGCAUCGAUCAAUCGUCUGAUGUUGCCCUCGUAAACGCAUUCCCGAUCGUACGUCGGCAAAUAAGAUACGACCAAAGAAACGCACGCCAAAUAAUCAAGUAGCUCACUGAUCGACGCCGGCGCGACGUCAGUAUCGUUCAAGUUCAAAGACUGUCGGCACCGUGCCGACUAUAAUCGUAGAAUUGUUACGUCGGUUUCAACAAAACUCGCAUCGAGCUCGACGGAUUUGUUAGCUUAUCGAGAAAUUAGUGGCGCUAAUUAAAUUUUUGAUUAAGCUUAAGAAUCCGUAAUAUUCCCCUCUAAUCGUGACAUUACUACGUCUGACAUUCGGAAUAUGUUGGCAAGUGGAAUUAAAUUAAAUUUCUUUCCUUUUGGAAAAUUCACGGAGUAUCGAUAAAGCUGGUUCGUCAGUUUUCCUUAAAUAUAACGUGUAAAUACACGCCGAAGAAUAAUUAGCAAUGUUCAUCUUUGCAUACAUUCAAGUGUUUGUAAAAGAUAUUGACAAUGUAACUGUCAAUAUAUCGGAAUAUUGCCGAAUAUAUUUGCGAGGCAAUACAAAAUUAUUUCUUCGGUGGACAUUUUUGAUUAUUUAUUUUUUUGUGUGACAUAAUUAUUUAUU